AGUAAAUUGGCGUUAGCUAUCGAACAGAUUGUUCGAUUCAAUUCCCUCUUAUCUCUGGUGACGAGUCAUUACAGAAACACACAGACUUGACAAGAGGCUUCCACGUUUGAGUGCGUCUUAACAUGUUGACUUCGCAUAGCGUAGCCUACUUUGCAGGGAGAAGGCAGAAAAACUAUUAGCUACUUAUUGUGCUGGGUGCAGCCUUGUGUUGUAACGAUCUCCUGGGGGUGCUAGGUAACUUACUGUAGCCUACUUUGCCGCAGCAGUCACCGGGCACGGUAUUCGUUCGUCAACCGGCUCUGCAUUGGCGGGAAGCGGAGAAAAUCAAGUCCCCUGUCCCGUGGCCACCGCCCGGAACGACGUGUUGGCUGCGCGUCACCGAAGAUAUGACACAUUUGUCAGCUUUCGCCACAGAGCGCGGCGGUGAAGUGUGAUGUGUGUGAGACCGUGCUCCAUGGUGUGGGAAUGAGACUCAGAGGGAGGGAUCUAGAAGAUUCAGCGGACUCCUGGAUACCGCACAUUUUGGGUGUGCAGAGCGUCAGACUUCGCCUUCGACUGGAUCGCCGUGACGACAAGGGGAGGGGUUGCUGGCAAUUGGUGGACGUAGAGAAGGAAGCACAGGAGAGCGGGAGAGGACUGAAGAGUCAGGCUGCGGCCCAGCACUCCAGUCUGAUGAGUAUUCCAGCCGUGUCAGCACAGUCAGGGGGUGGGGAGAUGCAGUCGCCAGGGGUGAUAAGCCCCUCCUUUCUCCCGCCCCCCGGCACAAAGGUUCCGGGACGGAAAAGAGGCCGUCCUCCAAUCAGGAAGCUGGAGUUUCAGAGCCGCUACCCAGAACCCCUCCCACCCAUUAAAGUGCCCAAGAAGAGGGGCAGAAAACCAGGCUUCAAGCUGAAGUCUCGUAUGGUGAUGACCCCCAUCUCUCCACCCAGUAGCACCCCAGAGCCUGACAUGAGCUCCAUCCCACAGGAUGCUGCUACCAUUCCACACUCAGCCACGCCACAGAUACUCACAGGACUGUUCAGCAUCAGGCGUCACCAAGCAACAAAUCCAUUCCCCCUGCAGCCAAUGUGUAUCUACGUGAAUAAGCACGUGAACACCGGGCCAAAUCUGGACCGGCAGAAGGUCCUGCAGCUACCGGACCACCUGGGUCCGGCUCGUCCCUCUGUGGUGCUCCAGCAGGCUGUCCAGGGCUGCAUAGACAGCGCAUACCAGCAGAAGACUGUGUUCACCCUGCUGACACAGGGCUAUGGAGGAGAGAAGAUCUCAGCCACCUUUGACGGUAAGCAGCACCUGUUGAGCCUGCCGGUGGUGAACAGCGUGGGGUAUGUGCUGCGCUUCCUGAAGAAGCUCUGCCGUAGCCUCCUCUGCGAGAACCUGUUCAGCGAGCAACCCAUUCCGCCGUCCUCGUCAGCGUCUUCCUCGCUGUCCUCCUCCUCCUCAUCAUCAUCCCUCUCCUUCCACAACGACAAGCUGGCUGAUGGGCAGCCCAAGGCCACGGACUCUCCCAUGCGUGAGGAUUACCACGGCGACGGCCUGGACUCCAGCAAGAGGUACUCGGUGGACCCCAGCGACUCGGCCUUCGGGGCGAUGACGUCGCCAUACCCGCCCAAACCGGCCUACGGGUUCCGAUCUGGCCCCGCCUACUCUGGGGGUGUGUGCCGACAGGCGUCCAGCCCCGGCAGCUUCCAGGAAGGAAACAGAAGUGCCUACAGUCCCGUGCCCGAGGCGUGUGAGUCCAGGCCGCCCCCCAGUAAAGACCCAUCCAGCUGGACAGUGGAGGAGGUGGUGUGGUUCGUCAAAGACGCUGACCCACACGCCCUGGGCCCGCACGCGGAGGUGUUCAGAAAGCACGAGAUUGACGGCGAUGCCCUGCUGCUACUGAAGAGUGAUAUGAUCAUGAAGUACCUGGGCCUGAAGCUAGGGCCUGCUCUCAAGCUCUGUUACCAUAUCGACAAGCUGAAGCAAAACAAGUUCUGACCAAUCACAGAUGUGCAUACACUCACAUACACAGACACACUUUGACAUAGACUGGCACACACAUUUUUUUCAUUUUUUUCACAAGCAUUUUUUCUUUCUGUAAAUGGACUCUGCCUACACUUUUGCAUAUCCAGCGGUUAAGAUUUGUUUUUGUUUUUUUGUUGUUGUUUUUUUUUACUUUUGUAAUUUGUCAUAUUUUGAUGGGGGUCAUUGUGAAUUGUUGCAUUUGUGCACAGUCCCACACCGCACUUGAACUCAAGCAAGGAGGCAAAAAGUGCUAGGUGCUAGCGUCUGUUGAUAGGCGUGAACGUCUGUGCAUAGGUGCUAGUGUCUGUGGAUAGGUGCUAGCGUCUGUCCAUAGGUGCUAGUGUCUGUCCAUAUGUGCUAGCGUCUGUCGAUAGGCAUGAACGUCUGUGGAUAGGUGCUAGCGUCUGUGGAUAGGUGCUAGCGUCUGUGGAUAGCUGCUAGCGUCUGUGGAUAGCUGCUAGUGUCUGUCCAUACAUGUAGGUACAGAUGCCCGGAAGUGAGCUUCACUCACGACACAGCACUGUACCCCCUCCUGUUAUUCUGGCAGCUUUAUUAGUGUAGCGAAGGAAGUGUGUGUGUGUGUGUGUGUGUGUGUGUGUGUGUGUGUGUGUGUGUGUGUGUGUGUGUGAGAGUGUGAGAAUGAGAGCGAGAGACUGAAUGUAGUGCAUUGUUUCUCCCAACGCCAUUCCCUUUAGAUUUUAUUUUCCUUCAAUGCUGUACUGCCACCCUGUGGCCACCCUUAGGUACUACAGUUCAAUGCUGCACAACACCAUCUCCUGACUGUAUAGUUACACUCAUUCACACACACACACAGAUGUAUUCAUAGCUGAAUUCUCUAGCUUCUCUAGUACACUACAAAUAUUUAGGUGAUGCUAUGGCCAGUAGAAGUAGCAUUAAUUAGCUGUAUAUUUUGAUUCUUGGCUGUGUCAUGGAGCUCAUCAUUACCCAUAGGAAUCCCCUCAAGAUCAGAUGUAGUUCUGUUUAGAAACUACCAAACAUGACAACAUAUAUAUGUAUAUAGUAGUGUGUGUGUGUGUGUGUGUGUGUGUGUGUGUGUUUGUGUGUGUGUGUGUGUGUGUGUGCAACGCGUGUGUGCGUGCGUGCGCUUGACAGUUAUUAAUGUGCUGAGCACAUAGUGUUUGUGUAGUGGUCUGGAUUUGGCAUCUGGUUUCAUUUGUUUGAUUAUAUAAGUUUUCCUUAUUUGGAAAGUAUAGCUUGAAAAACAAAAUGGCACAAUUCAAUUUUUUUUUUUUUGAAACCUCUCUCUCUCUUUCUCACUCACUCACUCACUCACUCACUCACUCACACACACACACACACACACACACACCUCAUUCAGCUGGGCAACCUUCAGGACAAUCUUGCCUCACCAGCCAUGCUUCUCUUUGUUACCAUGGAGCGAAGAACACAAAUCCCCAUGCGUGAAAGUUUUUGUUAUUAGAAGAAAUGGCUGAAAUCGGUGUUAUUUUUGCUCCCGUCAGAGGGCAUAACAAAAGGACAGGCUUGGCUAGAAUAGGGAUCACUAGGCUGAUGAAACAAACAAACAGACGCAGCCUUUCUACACACACACAGACUUGUAAAUACCAUAUGACUUUAGAAGCAUGGUAAUGGAAUAACAUGGUUUACCUUUCUCCCUCUUCUGUGUAUGAAGCUUCAGGUUUUUCCUCCACCACAUUGAAUGGCUUUGUUCAUCCUGUCUUACUCAAGCUUGUUAAGUUUGCCUGUUAACAGCAGUGUAGUGUGCUGCCAUGCACUUUUGUCUGAACUGCUAAACUACACACACACACACACACACACACACACACACACACACACACACACACCCAAACACUGCAAACAGACGCCUGCCAAACGUCUCCAAAAUAAUAAUAAUAAAUAAUAAAUUCAGAUCCUUAUGAUAUUGCACAUGGCUGAAUCAGCUCAUUCCGAAUCAGAUCAAAUUGUGAUUUUUCAGUUCAGUUCCUUUUCUAAAAUAUUGAAUUCCCAGUAAACCUCAUAAAAAGGCUAAAACUACCAAACCCUAGGUUGUGAUGCUAUCGUAUGUGGUUCUUGGAGCAUUAGAGUUGAUUUGACGGAGCAUAUUUGUGUGUUGGUCAGAGGAAAUAUAAUCUUCAAGUCCUUAGUUUCACUCCAUUUGUUUGGUACAGUUGACAGCAGUAGUUAGUUUGGUACAGUAGCAACGCUAGCAGUUUUGGCUAAUCUGUUUAGCCUGCUAGCUACCAAUGAAAGCUUUGGAAGAGACACAAGCAACACAGACACACCAGUUCUGCUCAUAUAAUUGUGUUUUUGUUUUUUACUUCUCCCUCAUAGCCCUACAGAUCUGUUGCUUGGAAAUGAAGCAUCAUUUGAAGCGUUGUUUGACAGUAAACAAAAUGUGUCAAUUUCAAGACAUCUCACACCUGAGAUCUCUGUUAAGUUUCUGAGGGCGUAUCCGUAGAAAUAUCAUUGCUUUGUGUGCGCUUCUGUGUGUUUGUCCUGUUUUUUGUUUUGUGAUUUUAGGGACAUUUGUACAUAAAAUAUGAUAAUAUGAAAUAUGCUUUUAUAUAUGAUGAGGAAAUGUGUCAACGCCACAUUGUUUCUGAGAAGCUCGACUUCAUUCGCCAAACUACAACACAGACCAUUCAUGUUGGUGCUAAAAUCUGUGUUUUUGAAAGAAUACGUUGAUCUUUUUUACAUAUAUAUAUAUAUACUGUAUGUAUACACAAAUAUAUAUGGUUGUGUGUGUUUUUUUAUUUGUAAAGUUUUAUUAGGCUUCAGUGUUGUGAAAUGUGUUUUUUGAGGGUUAGAUGCGUAUGUGCAUCGGUUUGUGAAUGCAGAGUAUUACGCAAAGGCUACAAUAAAGAGAUAAUGACUCACUUGCAUGGUUGUCCUCUGUGCUCUGAGAAAUGGGUGGGGUCUCCAAAUCAUGCAUUUUGGACAACUUGUUUCGUCACUGGGUAUGGACUCACCCUGAGUUCAGUAGUGAUAUGAGUAGGAAGUCCUUGAGUGGCACUUCAUGUGUACUAGGAGUUCAGAAAAUAUCAGUUGAAAAAAAAAAAACUAAUUGUAUAAGUUGCACCUCCCUCAAAAAAUGAUUGCUGAUCUACACGUGAACACAUGACCUAUUUUGAGGUUAAAAAGGCGUCUGUCUCUGUUGAGAAGCAUUGAUGAUGUACUCAAACAAAUGCAGCCAGCAGCGGUGUGUCUUCAUUGGCGUUUUGUAAAAAUGGAUAAGCACACACUCGUCUAAGAGAGCAAUGACCACCAUGGCCAGACCGGUGGAAGACUGAGGGAACACCAAUCUUCUGUUGAAUCUUUCUCCUGUCUGAAUCUUAUUCUCUGAUAUUGUACAGCAAGGUGACACACAACUACUUCCUCUGAAGAACAGAUAAUCGACCCCCUUGGCCUCAUCUCACCAAGUUCUCAUCACUCAUCAAUAUUGCACUACCUGGACUACCUGGACAUUGUGGCGUGGCGUGAACGCUGUAUUUCAGACGUGGGAAAGAUGUUCAAUUUCGGGACACAUCAUCAGUAUGGUACAUCUGCUUCAAAAAAGAAAAUAUUGGGGUAGUUUCAUGAAGUGCUUUGUUUCACAAGACCUACACCUUUGAAACAUCAUUAGUAAUGUUGUUUUUUUGUUGUUUGUUUGUAUUAAAUCUAUAUCUGCUGAUGGAUAAAACAAGUGUUUCAUGGC